CUGCCAUUGGCCGCCGCGCCACGUGACCCCGCCAUGCCCCGCAAGCGGCCGUUCAGCGCCAAGCAGAAGAAGCUGCAGCUCCGGGAGCGGCGGGAGCGGAGGCGCGGCGAUGCUCCGCUGGGGCCCGAGCCGGGCCCGGGCAGCCGCAGCGGCAGCCGGGAGCGCGGCGGGGAUGAGGCGGAGGCCGCGGCGCCCGUGCGGAGGUUCCGGCUGCAGCUCGGGGGGCUGCGGGCAGAGGAUCUGGAGCGGCGGCGGCGCCAGGCACAGGAGGAGCCGCUGGAGCUGCUGCCAGAGACGGCCCUGGAGCUGGACCCCGACAGCAUCUACCCCCCUGGUCAGGGGCAAUUAGUAACUGGGGGGGCUGGAUUUCCCCGGAGGCCCCCCUGGAGCUUCGCCAUGAGCCCCCAGGAGCUGCAGCAGCGCGAGGAGGCGGCUUUUGGCUCCUUCCUCCAGGCCAUAGCCAGCGGGGAGGGGGACGUGGCCCCCUUCGAGCACAACCUGGAGACGUGGAGGCAGCUGUGGAGGGUGCUGGAGAUGUCGGACGUGCUGCUGCUCAUCGCUGAUGCCAGGGCACCCGGUGAGGGGGCACAGGGCAGGGGCAGGGUGCUGAACAUCCCCCCGGCCCUGGUGUCCCACGUCACUCAGGAGCUGGGCAAGGGGCUCAUCCUCAUCCUCAACAAGGUGGAUCUGGUUCCCCCCUCGGUCACCACGGCCUGGAGCCACCUCCUGCGCCAGCGCUUCCCCGCCGCCCGCCUCGUGCUCUUCAGCUCCGCCCCUGCCACCGGGCUGCAGAGGAAGCAGCGCAGGGCAGGGAGCUGGAGCCGAGCCCUGGGGCCCUGGCAGCUGCUGGAGGCCUGUGAGAGCAUCGUGGGGGGAGAAGUGGACCUGAGCGGCUGGCGAGCGCAGCUGGAGCGGGAGGAAGAGGAGGAGGAGGAGGAAGAGAAGCCGGAGGAGGAAGAAGAGCAGGAGGAGGAGGAGGAUGAGGAUGAGGAGGAUGGCGCGGCGGGGCCGCGGCAGUGGCAGCGCUACCGGCACGGCGUGCUCACGCUGGGGCUCGUCGGGCUGCCCAACGCGGGGAAGUCGUCGGUGCUGAACGCGCUGCUGGGCCGCGCUGCCGUGGCCGUUUCCCGCCUGGGAUGGGGUGCUCUGGGUGAUGUUGGGGUGCCCCCAGGGCUGCCCAACGCGGGGAAGUCGUCGGUGCUGAACGCGCUGCUGGGCCGCGCUGCCGUGGCCGUUUCCCGCCUGCCCGGCCGCACGCGCUAUUUCCAGACGCAUUUCCUCGCCCCGCGCCUGCGCCUCUGCGACUGCCCCGGCCUGGUGUUCCCCUCCACAGCCCCCCCGCAGCUGCAGGUCCUGGCAGGGGUGUACCCCAUCUCCCAGCUGCAGGAGCCCUACACAGCCGUGGGUUACCUGGCGUCCCACCUGCCGUUGCCCGCCCUGCUGCAGCUGCAGCUGCCCCCCACAGCCAAGGCCUGGACAGCCUGGGACAUCUGUGAAGCGUGGGCUGCCAGGCGCGGGUUCCGCACGGCGCGGGCGGCUCGGAGCGACGCGUAUCGCGCGGCCACGGCGCUGCUGCGGCUGGCGGCCGACGGGCACCUGCGCCUCUGCCACCGGCCCCGGGGCUACGCGGCGCACAGGGCCGCGUGGGAGCAGCACCCCGACACCGCGGCGCUGGCGGCGCUGCUGGAGCGCGGGAACCCCCCCGGGACCCCCCUCGGGACCCCCCCCGGGGACGGCUCGAGCUCGGACGGCAGCGCCGAGGGGGCGGAGCCUGCCGAGGCCACGCCCCCCGCCAGCGCCAAUCCCUUCGCGCUGCUGGGCGAGGACGAGUGUUAGCCCCGCCCCCUCUCGCCGGCGCAGCCAAUCAGCGACCCGCACAGAAUAAAGGUGUUUAUUUCUGCACUCA